UUUCGAUCGGUGUUUUGGUCUUCAACUCUUUCCUACUAGUCUCCCCCAACACACUCUCCUCUCCUCUUUUCUCAACCUACAAACACACUCUCUCUCAUUCUCUUUAUAUACUUGAGAUUUUCAGAAUCUACCAGAUUUUCCGAUUUCCAUUCCUCCAGAAUCGACACUGAAUCUGUCCUUCUCUAUUUUCCUUUUCUACUCUGUUCACCAUACCUUUGAUUCUUCCCAUAUAAGGCCCUCUGUGAUAUUUUCCUCUGUUCAAAACGCAGGGGCUUGCUCCCUCCCUCUAUUAGAGUCCACUCUCCAAGAGGUAUCUAUCCGUGUGCGACUUUUUAUGUCUUUUUGGCAGAUUUUUGGAACACUCUGCUUUGGCCUUUGUUUAUCUCCAAGUUCUUGAGUCUUCUUCCUCACGGUUUUACUUUGUUCUGCUUUCUUCAAUCUCUUUAUUCUCUCUUUCUAACCCCCCUUUUGGUUUCUCCUCCUCCUUUUUCUUUCGAUGCCAAAAUAGAAUUCAACCAACCCCAAAAGGAAAGAAACAUGGAAAUGGAGUCUAGUAGUUUUCUUUGCCCCAUCAAAUACACCCAACACAGAAACACCACCAAGAAAUUAACUAAACCGUCCCGGAAAAUAGAGCCCGGCACUUCCAUCGCCCCAAAAAUCAUUCGGAUAUCGAUGACCGAUCACGACGCCACGGACUCAUCCAGCGAUGAAGAAGAGACCGAGUACUACUUUGGUCGCCGGAGAGUGAAGAAAUAUAUCAACGAAAUCAGCAUAGAAACCGACUUGAGAACUAAUCCGGCGAUCACCAACAAUGGCCGGAAAAGGCCGGCCUUAGAGACACGGCCGGCUACUAGGCGGCCAGCACAGAAGAGCUCUUGUCCACCGGCCAAUGGCGGCGGCAACCGGAAGUUCAGAGGCGUACGACAACGUCCUUGGGGUAAAUGGGCGGCCGAGAUUAGAGAUCCCGGCAAACGUGUAAGACUGUGGUUGGGGACCUUCGACACAGCUGAGGAAGCCGCUAUGGUGUACGAUAAUGCCGCCAUUAAACUCCGAGGCCCUGAUGCUCAAACGAACUUCUCACCACCGCAAAUGGUUGGGACCGUUGCGGACAAGGUUGAUGAUCAGAAUAUUGUCAAUGAAGUGGAGAUUGAGCCGGAAACAACACCAAACGUGACCGUCUCGGUUUCUGGCUAUGAUUCCGGUGAGGAAACUCAUCAUCUCUCCUCCCCUACCUCCGUCCUACAGUUCCGAACUCAUCCAAUCGAAGAGGCCGAGCCACCGCAACUAGAGAAGACAGCACUACUCUCAAAACCAACCGAGAAAGUAAAUCAUGUUCGAGAGUGUGGAGUGGAACACAGUCAAAUUCCAGUGGAGUUGCGGUACAUGGAAGAAGACGCGUUCAGGUUCCCAACACCAGAGUCCCCCUUGUUCGAGUCACCGCUCUUCUUCGAGUCGCCCUUCUUCGACGACUCCGCCGCCGUGGCCGGACCGCUCCUGUUUGAUGACUUCUGCGACUUGUACGCGUUCGCCGACUCGUCCUUUUCUGCUCAGGCGACGUCGUCGAUGAUGACGUGUCAAGGAGAUGACUGUUUUCAAGACAUUUUUGGUUCAGACCCUCUAGUGGUCCUCUGAAGAGUACUGAGACUGUUUGAGAGAGGUGGCAGCUGGCAGUAGGCAGUGGCCGACUGACAUCUCUUUUUCGCCACAGUGUUUUUGGCCGCCGGUGAUUUUUCACGGCAGAUUUUGUUUCAGGCCGUCGAAACCGGCUUUCCUUUUUGUUAUCGCAAUAUUAAUUAAUUAAGUGUCUCCGUAAAAAUUAAUGGAGAAUUGAGUGCCCA